AGUCGCACCGCCGAGGCGAGUCGAAUCGAGUCGAGUCGAGUCGAGUCGAGACGCGAGUUGCAGCUGCAGUUGCAGUUGGUCGGAGCCAGGCCGAUUCCGCCGGUCCUCCGUCUCUCCGGGCCUCUCGUCCGCGCUCCAGUUUCUCUCCGAAGCUGGCCCGGUUGCUUUCUCCUGCAGGACCGUCCUUCUAGGCCCCGCGAGGCCUCGCGUCUGGUGAGAAUCGUCUGUGCGCGGGGUUCCAGUGAAAAUCGAUCGAUCUCUCGGCGAACGAUCCCGAAACAUGUGAUCCGUCUCGCACGAAUCUAAUUGCGGAUCGCGCGACGACCUUGGCGGAGGAGCGUGCUAUUUUCGAGUGGAAAUCCAGUGGCACACGCCUCCCGCUUCUGGCUCGCGUGAUCGUUGGAUUCGCGCUGGUGCUCGGUCGAUCGGGGGUGAAAUCGAUCGGAGCGCACGGUAGGCCGGACGAGCGAGCCCGCUCGCUCUUCAAAGAGAUAUUUUCUAAACGAGUUCCGGUGCCCGUCGUCGCGCGUGUCCCGUCCCAGCCGGCUCGGCGCGUUAAUUAACUUAUAGGAGCGAUGAUCCUCGACGAAGAAAGAGGAAAAGUCCCGCGGAGCGAUCCGGAGCGUCGGCUCCCGGGACCCGACAAAGCCGCUCGCUCUCGCGUGUUCCAGGCCAAUUAUCGUCCCCCCUCGUCCCCGGGUAAUUAGAGGGGCGGCGCGAUAAAAAUCGACGCCGGGGCUCGAUCGAGAUUCCUCGCGUCUAACCAGUCCGGUAACGGUGUUUCGCGUAAACGGAUAAGCUCUGCCCCUCUCCGGCGUCCUCGUUGCGUCGGGGUUCUCCGAAGCGGUGUGUUUCGCGACGCAGAACUGUUGGAUGGGUCUUCUGACGCACUCGACCCGACCUACUUGUCGUCCUUGCUCGCGUCAUGCUCCGGCGAGAUUUAACGACGGUUCGACGCAGUCGGACGCGAUGCCGCGGCUCUUGGUCAGUGGGUGGAGCCGGCAGUUUCCCGGUCGAGAGCUCGUGAAAGGGCCGUCUGUUCGCGAACCGAAGGUCGACGGUCGGAGGGCUCCGGCUAUUAGCCGCGAUCGGCUGUCCCUGUGAUCCCACGAGUUCGAGGAAUCCCGUGAAUACCGUGCGGCGCGGCGGGACUCCUGUAAUUAAUGAUUCCCGGCGGCUCGCGUCGGAUUAACGAGACCGUCGCGGCGCGUCUCGGCCCCCGAUCGCUUGAAAAUCUCCCGGACCAUCUGCCGGCGAGCCGCAAAGCGAACAAUAGCCUCUUGGUGGACGAUCAACCGUCCGUUGUUCCUUUCUCGCGUUCCCCGGCCGGCGGGCCCGCGUCGGCCGGCGGCCGAGUAUCGCGGUUGCCACGAAUUAAAACCGGCUAAUUCGGGCCGCGAGAAAACGGCCGAUCCGGGGACUAUUUUCGGCUCGUAACGCGACGCUUCAUUCAUAACACCGAGCCGCGUAAGCUUCGCCCGGAGACACCCGAUUAAACACCGACACCGUGGCGCGUUCCUCCGGGAUCCCGCAGAUCCUGGGCUCUUGUACGAUUCUCGACGCUAAACCCGCGGACAUGCUUGGCUCUCAACGUUGACGCGACGUAGACCAAAUCAAUUGUUACCUUUCUCGUGGAAUUCUAUGUAAACGUGUAACCGCGUGUCGAGGGCAUAUGUAAUAAUUCACUAUUUGCGGUUGCCUUAUUUUUUAAAUUUCGACUCUGCAUCAAGUCAUUCUAGACCUCUGUAUUUCUCUUCUCUUCCUCUAAUUUUACAACUAAUGCGUGGUCUCCCGUACAUAUUCAAUAAAUAAAUAUAUAAAUAUAUUAUAUUACUAUAAUUGAAUGGAUAUACGGAAUUCUUUCGAAAGUAUAAUGGAACCAUCGACGCUAAAAAUGCAUAUUACUGCCCACCGAUUAGCUGUUUCUGUCGGACACAGUCUGUCAGAACAAGAACCAAGUAGUUACGACGACAAUCGUCGCGCUGAAACAGCCUUGUAACGACGACUGGCAAAGAAAUCGUGUCUUUUUCGACAGUCCAAGUGCGAAGCAGAGAAUCGCUCCGUUCUUCUCCUAUUCCGGGUGAAAUCGAGCGAGUCGAGGCUCGAUUAGCCGCGUAAUUAGCCCCGCAGUAGGGCUCCAACGAGCAGCCGUGACGUUCGAGGAACCAUCGAGCCCCAUGAUCGAUGAUCACCAGCCGGAAAGGAUUCCGCGAGCGUCGAUUAGGAGACAGAGGCCUAAGUGCAAACGCGUGUUUCCGGGCCCGGUUGGCUACCCUUCUGGCCUUAAUCCCGGCCAGUUUCCAUGGCGGGCGAUUCAGUCGGUAAAUCAGCCGAGUCUUGAUCCGCGCGGCGCACGUUCGUCCAGGAAAUCGCUGGAUCAGGGAAGCGCGGCCCGAUUAGGGGAUCAAGCCGCUGGGACGUGCGUGGCUCGCAAUUUCGAUCUCUUUCGGUCCCGCCGGGCAUUAAAUAUUAUUAAUCGUAAUACCACGGGCUGGCUGGUGAACUCUCUCGAUAUUGUUCAGGGAAUGCGAGCGAGCGGCUGCUGCGACCUCGAAACGGGUCCAAUCGGCCGCGUCGCGUCGCGUCGAUUCGACGGGAGAGACGUCGAACUCGGCUGUUCGAUCGGCCGUUCCGCGGCUAGGCUCGCCACCUCGCGAUACCACUCGCAAUUCGACGGAGGAGAUCUUCCAUGAGACACGAUGGAGCGGUCGAGGAGCGACAGUCGCGCGAAGAGGCUGUCGACGAUCGCCGAGUACUCGGAACCCGCGAUCGACAACAAUAGCGAUCCGUCGGAGAGCCGCGGGCAGGAACCCGCUCCGAGAGACCUCGAGGAGGAGGCGCCCGUCAAGUACUUCCUCGUCGACGACUCGCCGAUGGCGAAAUUCAGCCGCAGCAUCAAAUGGAUCUACAAGAAAUUACCAGUGGGCGGGGGUGGUGCUGUGCUGGUGCUCAGCGAGCUUGAAAGCAUGGCGGCCAGGCAACAGCGGGAAAUUGCCCAGCAGAGACGGCUCCUGGAGCAGAGAGAGGCCCGUCUAGCCGUGCUUCGAGGCGCACAGGAGCCAGCACAGCAGGACAAGCUCGCCAGAUUGAGGCACAGGCUGGACCAACAACAGAGCAAGCUGAAUCGGCUGCGAUUGCUCAGAUCGCAGACCGACCAGUCGCGUGCCAACAACGCUACGCUGACCUCGGAUCUGGACUGCAUACGAGCGCUGUUCAACGAGAAGGAGAAGGAGCUGUCGCUGGCCGUGGCGAAGGUCGAGGAGCUGACGAGACAACUGGAGGAGCUGCGGGGCCGACAGAACGCUGUGGGCACCGGGACCGGAAGCGGUGGCCCAGGAGGCGUGGGUGGCGGUGGCGUCGGCGGUCCCGGCGGCGGACACCUGUCGACACCCGCCAGCGCCGAGCUCGAAAAGCUCAGGAGAGAGCUUAUGUACCGCAACAAGAUGAACGAACAGCAGAACCAAGUGGUGUCCCAGCAGCGGUUGGCCCUGGCGCAGCGGCAAGCGGAAAUGGCGUCGAUCGACGCGAGGAUAGCGCAGCUCCAGGGUCGACUUCAGCGCAAGAGAGCUCUGAACCAGCGGCUGAGUCAGCAGCUGGGCUCCGGGAACCGUGGGAACGCGAACACCGGGUUCACGGAGUCGAAGCUCGACUUCAACGCCGGCGGAAAGUCGAGGCCGGCCGGCAACAUAGCCGCGAUCGAGCCGUACUCCCACAUACCGAACGACAACGACUUCAACCUGAACAAGAACGACCCAAAGUACCAGACAUUGCCGUACAACACCAAGUUCACGGUGAACUUCAAGGCCGCCGAGGACGACGUGAACAAGAACAAGAUCCAGCACUCGGCCAGCGCAUCCCAGCUGGGCCAGAGAGUCACCUUCCAGCAGUUCGGCCACCAGAUCGCGCACAGCCAGUCUCAGUCGCAUAUCCAAGGUCAAUCGCAACUCCUCGGCUCGAACCAACAACAACACAGUCAAAACAUCGGCGGCCAGCCUGUGAACCUUCAGCAGACCUGCAACAACAACAACAACAACAACAAUAACAACAACAAUAAUAACAACAACACGAACAGCACGAACAACAACUUAAUCGGCUCGGGUCACAACUUCAGCCCGGACGGUCUGUCGCAGAACAUCCGGGUCCACCAUCAGCAGCCUCAGACACAGCAGCAACAGCAACAGCAUGGGAAUCUGCAGCAGAAGCAACACAACAUCGGCUCCUCGGCGUCCAGCCUGGGGACAACCGUGUCCAUCACGCAAACCCAGAACCAUAGGAACCUCCAGACCCACCAGAAGCCGGUGUCCAGCGUGGCGCCGAGUUUCUCGGUGAAGUCGCAGAUCUACCAGACCUCCUCGACGAAGAUACACCCGGUGAUGCCGCAGACCUUGAGCCUGAUUGGCCGCGGGCACGCGAACUCUCAGAACUUCGUCGGGCUGAGCACGCAGAACGCGAGCCAGCAGCAGCAGCCACAGCAGUCGAACCAAUCGGUGCCCAGCAAUCAGGCUUCGAACCAGGAGCAAACGUACAGCUCGAGGCACAAUUAUCCGGGCAUCCAGCACUCCGGCCAGGCCAACACCCACGUGUCCUCUUCGUCCUAUCAGGCACAGAACUCGCCGAGUUUGCCGUCGACCGUUCACACGUCGUCGAGCGGGAUGAACUUCGGCAACCAGAUCCAGAGGUACAACCAGACCCAGGGAUUGACCAGUCCAGCGUCGGGUAGCAUCGACCAGACCGAGAAGAAGUUCGACAAGGGCCAGGAGAAGUUCGAGCACAAGCAGGAUCAGAGGUACGAGCCUAAUCCCGCGUUCAAGUACGAUCCUCACCAGAUGAAGUACGACCAGCACUCGAAGUACGAGCACGGCAAGUUCGAUCAGACCAAACACGAUCAGCCGAGCAACCAGACCGGAAAGUACGAUAACGCGAAGCUCGAGGGCAAGUACGAGGCCUCGCAGGCGAAACACGAGCCGCACCAUGUCCUCAAGUACGAUCCGAAUCAGAACACUCAGCAGUACGGCAAGCACGAUCAGCACGAGGUUCGACCGUCGGUGAAGUACGAGCUGAACACGGCGUUCAAGCACGAUCCUCCGGGCAAGUACGAGCCGGGGGGGCAACAGUUCAAGCAGGAGUCGGUCAAGUUCGAGAACAAUCAGAACAAGUACGAGCAGAGUGCCGCGGUGAAGCACGAGCACAAUGGGAAGUUCGAGAUCCCAACGAAGAUGACGGACAAGCCGCCCGAGUUCGACAGGCUGAAGAGCGAGAGCGAGAGGAAGGGUCUGGCGGAGAUCCGGGGGGAGGAUAAGACCAAGCCGGCUUUGCCGCCGAAGCCUAGCAAGCCCAACCCGCCGCCAAGAUUGACCCACCAUGAAAAGGUCGACAACUCCGGAGACGAUUGUAAGAACACCAUGGGAAUCAGCCCGAGAACGGAGAAAGAGGAGGACGCGCCGCCGAUUCCGACGUCGGAGCCCCCGGAAUCGCCGACAGAGACGCCGUUCGGCAACCAUCAGAUCAUCAAAGCCCGGCCUCUGACCCUGAAGAAGGCGCCGAUCUCCGAGCAGCCGAAGCUCCGCUACGCCAAGUCGAAUGUCCACGUGUCGAUAAACCGACGGAUUGAAAUGCCACCAGCGUUCCUGUUCCCGGAAACCGAGAUCCCAGCGGACCUGAUGCAAACCGAGCAGCAGCAACAGCAGCAACAGCCCCAGCAGCAGCCGCAGAUCAUCGACACGACGGACAACUGCAAGAAGAGCAUCGAGGACGUGAUCAGCAAUGACAAGCUGGAGGAGUCGGACAUCAUCGACGCGCUGAACGUGAUCAACAUCGAGGACAAAGCGAAGGCGCAGAAGGACUCGGACAGAAGGACGGAUCUGGACGCGGACGUGAAGGGGAACGAGGUCAUGAGGAGGAAGAAGGGGAACCUGAAGUCCAGCACGGGAAAGGCGAACCUCUCGAGGAGGGUAUCCUUCGAUCCACUGGCCCUCCUGUUGGACGCCAGCCUCGAGGGUGAACUGGAGCUAGUGAAGAAGACCGCGAAGGAGGUCGCUAAUCCCAGCUCUGCCAACGACGAGGGCAUUACUGCCCUUCACAACGCCAUUUGUGCCGGUCAUCUGGAGAUCGUCAAGUUUCUUGUCGAGUUUGGCUGCGACGUCAAUGCCCAGGACAGCGACGGAUGGACGCCGCUGCAUUGCGCCGCCAGCUGCAAUAACCUGUCGAUGGUGAGGUUCUUGGUCGAGCAUGGAGCCUGCAUCUUCGCCACCACCCUCUCGGACCACGAAACUGCCGCGGAGAAGUGCGAGGAGGACGAAGAGGGCUUCGACGGCUGCUCCGAAUACUUAUACAGUGUACAAGAGAAGCUGGGCAUAAUGAACAAUGGCCAAGUGUACGCCGUGUUCGACUACGAAGCGCAGCACAGCGACGAGCUGACCCUGAAGAACGGCGACUCUCUGGUUGUGCUUCGGAAGGGCGACGACAACGAGAGGGAGUGGUGGUGGAGCAAACUGGGACACAAGGAAGGCUACGUGCCUCGGAAUUUGCUUGGCUUGUAUCCGAGGGUACAGCCGGCGAAGGUGGACUGAGCCUUGUCAGCCCGCGAUAAUCCGAUGAUUGAUCAUUACCACAGUAUUCGAUUCGCAGCUUUAUCUCGUUAAGUAUCAUAGUUGCAUCGUCGUCACAUUACCAACGUUCUAUCUUAUUUAAUCGCGUCCCAUUGUCAUCCGUAACGGGCCGAGCGAGAACAGAGACACAGAAACGCUCUCCUCGACGCGUUGUAGGUUUCAUUUCUUUUUUAUGUUUUGUAAGACAAAACCGGUUAAUGAGCCCGGAGCAUGGGGUUAUCGUAAGUUAUUCUCGUUGAAGGCGAUAUCAGGGCGUCGACCAAUAAAAGUAGUCGCGGUUUUCAGCGACAAGGAACAGGAUCGAAGAAAAAGAAAACUGCAAUUAAAUGAUAAACAAUUAGGACACACGGAGAACAUAGUCUUCUUCGUACGCGAUCGAACAAAAGAACAACGCUUCGUAUUAAUUAACACGCGCACAGUUCUAGUUACAAAAGAAGGAUUCCACUUGUGAAUUUGUCGCGUCUCGAAGCGAAUAAAGUGAUCGACUACUAAAGCUACUGAAGCUGACCCGUAAGCGCUGCCCUAUAAAAGUAACAAGAUUCAAUUUAUUCAAUAAUUUCCCACGAGAGCGUAUUUAGAAUUUAAGUAAUUGUAAUAUAAAAAAAAAAUCUGACAUCGGUUAUUUGACCAACGGUGGUAGUCUUAGUGUUGAGAGAAAGAUGUACUCGACUUGAAAAUCUCGCGAGAAUCGUUCGUCCUCGUACCCCGCGCUUUAGUCAGUUCCUUCAACGAAACAGUACAAAAGAAAAAAUAUGAAUUUCGACUCUUCCCUUAUCCCCUCCCUCUCGGCAAUUCCGCUUUUAGGUCGACGACUCCCUGAGCUGACAGUCGAAGCGUUUUACAUUUAAUACGGAUCACUUAAGCGUCAAGCGUCACGCACGUCCCGCGAGCGAAGAUCACUUGGAAAGUUCCUCCAGCGCUUACAGCAUGAAAAACGAAUCGAACGUACGGGAUCUACUGUUAAAUUAAUUGUAAGAGAAGUAUUACAGCGAACAGCAACAAUUUUUAUUUUAAUCCCGACGUUUUGUGUGUAAGCUUCCGCCUUCGAGCCACUCUGUACAUCGAUCUUUUUCCUUAUGGAAGAACUUUUCGAAUGAUCCUCUUCGGCUGCUGGGGACUUACCCUCUCCCAACUCCCCUUCAUUUUAACGCGUACUUAACAUUUGAUUUGUUUCACCUAAAUGGCUCCGUUUAGAUGAAGUCAGAUUAUUGUUGCAGAUUAUUGUUACGUUUUUCCGUCACCAGCGAAAUUUUCCAAAUCCGACUGAGGCGAUCUCGGAUUUCGAAAAUGUUCCUAACGAUGUAGAAUGUAAUCUUGCCGGUCAGGCGCUUCGGACCCCGAGAGUGAACGAAGAGAGGAUGAUGCGCGCAAUCCGGGAUCCCUAGGACCGCUCUAGGAUCCCCAUGACGAAUCAAACACGCGACUAGAAUUGUAUAAUUGAUUAUUACACUGUUCUGCAGAUUUUCACUAUUUUCUGCGCUUCGAUAAUCGAUGGAUCACUCUUGGAAAUAUUUAUCCCCACCACUUUCAAUUGUCAAGAAAUUGAAUCGUGAGAAAUCGAACUUUUUAACUUCAAAAAUUAUUUGUGCUUUCAUCGUGGAAACAGUUCACAUGUUGUACACUGUACAAUAAAUUUUUUCUAAUAUCAUAAAUGUUUAAACAUAUUUAAAUAACUCUGAACUCUUCAAUAAUGAUCUAUCGAUUAGCAGAAGUCAAAAUAGUUGUUGGACAGUGUUUAUCAGCCAGGCCAGGUUCGAAUGACUUACUGUCAGACGGGUUCUGAGCGCAUCUUGUUGUACUGUUUAAGAAUGUACAGAUGAAUGAAUGCACCAGCGCUCAGAGCAUUUCUGACGCCUACUCGUAAAUAAAGAAUGUGCCUUUCAGAAGUAAUAAUGGAUAUAUUAUGUAAGAAUGCAUGAUAUAUUAUGACGAAUAAAUUGUUUUUAAUAGAAACAAAA